GCGAAUUGCACCGAAAGAGAGAGAAGGACAUUUCGGCGCAUCAGUAACGGCUCCAACAAACCAAUAACUUCCUCUCUUUCUCUCUAAAAAACAGUGCCUGAAGCACGAAAAUGCUGGCCCCAUCGGCACUUCUUCAUCUGUCUACUUCUACUCCAUGGAUUCUCCGCGGACACUCCCUUCUCUCUCAUCGCCCUUUCCGCCUCUCUUCCCACCCUUUCUCUCUCAUCCAACCAAUCCCUACUAUAACCUAUGUCUCACCCCCCUCCAGUUCCAAAUUUCAUGGAAGAGCCUCCGCUCUAUCUUCUUCCUUUUCUGGUUCUCACGAUGAGAUAAAGCCUUUUGAUGUUGGAGAAAUUGGGUCGAAUGAGCCUUUUGGUAAUGGAGAAAUGGGUCAGCAUUCUGGAAUUGGAGAAAUUGGUUCGAAUAAGGCUGGUGAUGAAAUUUUAGGGCUUGGUAAUGGUGCUUCUCAGAGUAUUUGGAAACAGAUGAAGGAUAUUGUUAUGUUUGCAGGGCCUGCAACUGGUUUAUGGGUUUGUGGUCCUCUGAUGAGUCUUAUAGAUACUGCAGUAAUUGGCCAGAGUAGCUCUUUGGAGCUCGCUGCCUUAGGGCCAGGUACUGUGGUUUGUGACUACCUGAGUUAUGUAUUCAUGUUCCUCGCUGUCGCUACAUCAAACAUGGUUGCUACUGCCAUUGCCACAAAGGACAGAAAGGAAGCACAGAAACACAUUUCCAUUUUGCUGUUUGCAGCUUUCAUAUGUGGCAUGGGGAUGCUCUUGUUUACAAAAUUCUUUGGCACUCAAAUACUAACAGCUUUUACUGGGCCAAAAAAUAUACACAUAGUGCCAGCUGCUAACACUUAUGUUCAGAUUCGAGGCUUAGCCUGGCCAGCAGUUCUUGUUGGGUUGGUUGCACAAAGUGCGAGCCUGGCCUUGAAAGAUUCAUGGGGACCACUGAAGGCUUUGACAAUUGCUAGUCUUGUAAAUGGAAUUGGUGAUAUCAUAUUAUGCGGUGUCUUGGGAUACGGUAUCGCAGGUGCUGCAUGGGCAACAAUGGCGUCACAAUUUGUUGCAGGUUUUAUGAUGAUUGAUUCACUGAAUAAGAUGGGUUUUGAUCCUUACUCCAUGUCUGUUCCAUCGUCAACUGAACUUCUACUCAUAUUUGAGCUUGCUGCUCCUGUUUUCAUAACAAUGAUAUCAAAGGUUGCAUUCUAUACGCUUCUUACUUAUUUUGCUACAUCGAUGGGGACAGUGACCAUUGCGGCUCAUCAGGUUAUGAUUGGUCUAUAUUGCAUGUGUAAUGUGUGGGGGGAAUCACUGACACAAACAGCACAAUCCUUCAUGCCAGAGUUGAUAUACGGCGUAAAUAGAAAUUUGGCAAAGGCAAGAGCAUUACUCCAGUCACUCAUAAUUCUUGGAAGUCUAAGUGGAUUUCUCAUAGGGAGCAUUGGGACCUCAUUCCCUUGGUUAUGUCCUCAUAUUUUCACAAAUGAUCAUGACAUCAUUAGAGAGAUGCACAAGGUAUUGCUUCCAUAUUUUGUUGCAUUGAUGGUGACGCCUUCAAUGGAUAGUCUUGAAGGAACCUUACUGGCUGCAAGGGACCUGAGAUUCCUAAGUUUAUCAAUGGCUGGUUGCCUUGUUGUUGGUGGCGUUCUGCUAUGGAAUACUGCAGGUAGAGGGUGUGGUUUGUCAGGGUGCUGGUGGAUUUUAGCAGCAUUUCAAUGGGUCCGUUUUCUACUUUCACUACAUCGACUUACUGUACCACAGGGCGUGUUAUAUUAUGAGGAAUUCAGUGACAGGGCGCUUGGCCAUCUUAAGGCCACAUAGGAAUUUGCAUUUUACCAUUGAAAGCUACCUAGGGCAGCUUUUUUUUAUGAAGGUCCAGAGCAGAAAGAAGAGCAAAACAGAAGAGCAGAGGGAAACAAAGACCAGAGGUGCAUAUGCAUUAGGGGCCUGCAGAGAGACGCAUUUGACCCUAAUUCUCUUAGUUCCUUCACUCAUGGCCUCCUGCUGAAGCCAUUAUAUCCUCAUAUUUUCCGGUGCCGGGCCUCUCAAAAUUCAGGCAGGCAUCUCCCUUUAUUAACGCUGCGAAGUGUCCCGUCUCCGGUCAAAAGUCACUGGGCAAGGUCGGGUCCUGGGUCCAGCAUUCUGGGUACUCGUACGGGAACGAGUUUGGGGCACUCUGGACCCGUCAAGUCCGGGUGCAUGUCUAUCUCGUACUAUUUGGGUCUAGAUCUGAAUCCAAUAGAACCGGACCUGUACCGGAUCCAUUGUCACCCUUAGAACCUGAUUAGCCAGGGUAGACUUGGGGCAGUAUCCAAAAUAUACACAUGUCAAUCCCCCUUUCUGAUUUCAUAUGUUUAGCGUUCUCUCUUUCUCAAAAUUAAUUCUUACAUGUUUCAUCUGUGUGUCUGCUCCAUGUAUGGCGAGAUCUGUUAGGAAGACCUGGAAUUCCUUUGCUUUGUAUUCUUUUACCUCAGGGAAGGCUUUAUCUGUGAAUUCCCAAUACAUAUAAAUUGGGAAAAUGACCUUUACCCCUCCCUGAAACUUUUAUCCCUAUUAGCUUGGUUCAUCAAAAUCCCUACCCUCUCAAAUUUAGAAUUUUGAGACCGUUAGCCAUCUCAUUGUGUUUUUUUUUAUUCUUUUUAUAAAUUUGAUUUUUUUAUUUUACAAAAUGUUCCUUUCCCUUUCUCUUCCG